AUGAAGUCUAUAUUCUCAAUUUCGGCGGUACUUGGUACCGUUGUCUCGACGGCUUGGGGAGAAUCCCUGACAGCCGAUGGGAUUGAGAAGAUGGGAAACAAUAGCCUCUUCACAUUGGCGCGUUGGAGACCAUCUUCCCAUUUCCUUGCACCUGCAGGCUGGAUGAAUGAUCCCUGUGCACCGAUGUAUGAGCCAGUUCGAGGUCUCUACCAUUUACAUUAUCAGUUCCAUAACAACCAUGUUGCCUGGGGAAAUGUCUCAUGGGGACACGCGACAUCCCCAAAUCUGAUUACAUGGACCGACGUCGACCACUACCCCGACGACGAUCUCCCUGCUUGGAAAGACUACCAGGCACAAUCGAUCGGCACCACGAACUUAACCAGCAACCACCAUGACCCAGCCCUCUAUAACCACUUGUCUAUCUUUUCAGGUAGUGCUUACGCCGUCAACCUUACUGGAGGAGUAGACGGCACAAUUAUAGCCUUCUAUACCGCUGCCUCGCAGCUCCCAACCGCCUGGAACGAGCCAUACCUCCCCGGAACCGAAAGCCAGGCACUAGCGAUCUCGACCAACGGCGGAAUAACAUGGGAACACUAUGAGAGCAACCCCAUUCUUAGUGAUCCACCCGGUAAUUGGAAUAUCACUGGCUGGCGAGACCCAUUCUAUGUCCCAUGGCCCCAAUUGGAUACACUACUCAACAAGACAGAACCCCACUGGUAUGCAGUCUGGGGCUCUGGCAUUCGAGAAAUCGGUCCUCGUAUGCCACUGUAUACCGCUCCAGCCUCAGAUUUGACCAAUUGGACCUUCUUGGGGGCCCUGUGGGAACCGGAGAAAAAUACUUCACUGGGCACGCUGGAAGAGACUGGUUCUUAUGGAUUCAACUUUGAACUUUCCAAUUUCUUCUCAUUUGGUGAUCGGUACUUUGUCUCCAUGGGAGCUGAAGGAGGUAAUGUCAGUUUCCAUCAAAAUAAAUGGUCACUGUGGAAUGAGGGAAUGAUAUCUGUGCGAGACAAUGGAAGUAUUGCUUUUACUCCAAUCGCUGGAGGUGCGAGCGAUUAUGGCCUAUUCACGAAAUUCAUUGCUAACAAUCCUGACAAGAUCAACUCAUUCGACGAUACCAAGAAUAAUCGCCGUAUUCAGUGGGGCUGGGCCCAAGAAGAUAUCAAUGAUUUCGGCGCGACGCAACUCGGGUACCAAGGCGUAUUUUCGCAUCCACGGGAGGUGUUCAUCAAAAAUACCACAGGCGUAUCUCAUAAACACUCCGACACUCUUGGAAAUUCUCGUUACUUCAAGGAAUCUAAUGGAAGUUGGACAGCGAGUACGCUUGGUGUCCGUCCAGCUCCAGAUGUCGUCGAGGGUCUCCAUCGUGGUGCCCGUCAUAUCAAAUAUCCAUUCAACCAGAGAAAGUGUGACUCGAGGAUCAACUUACCAAACAACCUUACCUCAUCGUACCAAAUCAGCUUCACCAUCGAGCGCACCACUGGCAUGGCUGGAGUGACGAUCGGCGCUUCACCCAACGGGGAAGAAUAUACAAAUAUCUAUUUCGAUCCCUCGAGUAACAACAUCGUCGUUGAUCGGGCUCACUCUUCCCUCAUCGACGAAUUUACCAAGACGCCUCAUCUUGGGUUCUUUGAGCCUUAUCAAAUUCAACAACGAAGUGGCAAUUCCACCAUGGAGCCUAUCGAACUGAAUGUUUUCGUCGAUGGCUCCCUUGUGGAAGUAUACGCCAAUGACCGUUUUGCUCUCACUAGUCGUAUCUAUCCUAGUCUGGAGGCUAGCACAGGUGCUAAGUUGUUCGCUGCCGAGGGCGUGAAGGUCAAGUACUCCAAUGUGGAGAUUUGGGAUGGGUUGUUGAAUGUUUGGCCGGAUCGACCGCAGAACAGCAGCUCCCUUCUGGUUUGGGAUACUGCUGCCGAGACAGGCAACUAUACCUGGUGGACGGGUAACUAA